AGCCUGAGCAGUGCAGCCACCUACUGCCCCGGGGGCCUCACCUCAGAGAAGUGCAGCGGGAAGGAGGCUGGAGGUGGUGCGGCGCUGCCUCGGGUGUCUGCAUGAAUGAGCGUGGCCAAGGACCAGUGCCGCCUCAUGGCAAAGAGCUCCCACAAUGUUCGUUAGAGUGCACAUCCCUACAUGCCCACUGGCACACACACGUGCUCACAUACAUGCCCACAUACAGGCAUGCACAUGCACGCUUGCACACAUGCACACAUGUGCACAGACCACACGUGUAGAGACCAUGCACAGUAUACGUACGUGCGUACACAUGCCUGCAUACAGGUAUGCACAUGCACGCUUACAUGCAUACAUUCAUAGAUCACACGUGUACACAUGUAUAGCUCACACACAGUAUACACAUACACAAGUGCACAGACCACACAGCACUAACACAUGCACACACAAAGUGCAUAGGCCACACACAGCACAUGCACACGGGUGCACAGACCACACGGCACACACAAGUGCACAGACCACGCACAGUCCACGUGCACACACAAGUGCACAGACCACAUUGCACACAUGCACACACACACGUGUGCGUGCACACUCCUCACACUUCCAGCCUUGGAGCCCUUCUGUCUCUGGUCUUUCUCUUUGAUCCUGCUGGGUUUAAGCUGCCUGGGGAGGGGCUACAAGGAGUAAUUGUGGCUUUAGGGGUCGUGGUGAUGCUGGAAUGUCAAGCCCCGUGGUGGGGUAUCCGACUGUCCGGGCUCCUGGUCCGCAGUGGCAGAGCGCCAGGAAGAACCAGGAUCUCGUGCUGCCCUUUCCCCCCACAAUCAGGGUCUCGUGCUGCCCUUCCCCCCCACAGCCUGGCAGCCAUCCAGAGGAGGGGCUCUGCCAGAUGCCAAGGUGCCCUGGCGUCCGUAUGGGUGUCUGCAUGGGUCCUGUGUUUGGUCUGCCCUGGAGGUGCUGGGCCCUCCUGGGAUGGGUGGUUCAGCCUCGAGUCCCAGCCAGCCCAGGCAGGUGCUGCUGCCUGUUGUGGUUUCCUGGCCCAGCUUCUCCUUCUCCCUCUGCGUAAAAUCGCAGUCCAUGAGUCUUCCAGCCGCCACCACGGCUGGGACACGCUGGGGGAGGGCCCCUCCCACGCCUCCCGUACACAGCCGUCUGAGCAGGGCAGAUGCCCGACAUCCCCCACUGGAGGACACGCUGCCCCUCAGCGAUGCCCCUACCUUUUGGGGGGCCUCGUCUCAAGCCCCCACUUGGAGGCUGAAAUCACCCCAGGCACUGUGAGGGCUUCUGCAUGGGGCACCCUUUGUGCUGUGGGUCUGAUCACCCCAAGUCCUGCGCAGAGGAGAGGCACAGCCAGGGCAUGUGGUUUAAUGUUUGCCCCCUUCGGGGCUGAAUGUCUCAGUGUUUCUAGAUUCCAGACCCUGCUGCCGGAGAGACCUGCGGCCGGAGAGAAGGGGAGGAGGACUCCAGCUGGGCUCGGUCCCCCACAGUCAGGGACCCCCAUAAAGGACACCCCCUUCUCUCUAGAAAGAGCUGGGCUCUGAGCUAUUUCUAGUCGCUUCCCAGAAGCCGAGGAGCCGAAGGAGCUGUGAGAGCUUUGCAGAAGCGCCCUUGUUUCUGCUGACCUGAGCUAUGAAUGCCGUACAGAGCAGAGGCUGGGGCAUUGGCAAGAUCACAGGUCGACACUGCACAGCCCCAUUGACACAAACCCUCAAAGCAGAUGUGAGAGGGACGGUUCACAAGGCUUGGACCUGGUGGAGGGUGCCCGGCAGACGUGGUGUGAGAGGGACGGUUCACAGGGCUUGGACCUGCCAUGGAGGGUGCCCGGCAGACGUGGUGUGAGAGGGACAGCUCAGGAGGCUUGGACCUGCCGUGGAGGGUGCCUGGCAGGGGGCUGAGCUCUGAGGGGUGGGCGCUCAGUGCACGGGUGCCCCCAGUGUCCUCUGACCCUGUCCAGUGCCUCCCCCAACCCCCACACCCAUGCAAAACUCCCAGGCCACAUGUAUGUAUGUCCAGGGCAUGAGGGUGGGGUGAAGAGGCCUGGUUAGGGCCUUUAGGGGCUGCAGGACGGAAUGGCCACCUGGGGAGCCUGUGUGGCUGUGCCAGGCGAGCCGUCCUGUGUUCCCACCCAGUGGGCAGGCUCCACCUUGGCCCCAGCAAAGCGCUAAGGAGCCAGAGAGACAGCCAGGGCGGCUUCCUGAAGGAUGUGGGAUGGUGGACUCCUAGGUUGAGGGAAUACCGAGGUUCCCGUCCCUCCGGGAGACCUAGAGAAGCUGCACACCCAGGAGCUUUCCAUGACCCCAGGAGCAUGAGUGAAUGGGGGUUCCAGUUUGCUGAACUUUGCUGUCUUGUAAGGGUGGGGGCUGACGGCUGACCCUGGGAGAAGGUGACAUCGCAGGGGGAGGUUGUGGGAAACGGUGGAGGAGGAGAGACGGGAGGGCACCAUUUGGGUUGGCGGGGCCUCUUCAAAGUUUUAAAAGGCAUUUGUGGGGUGGGGUUGAGUGUGCUCUGGGCUUGGACACUUGCCGUGGUGCCCCUGGCUGGCCGAGGAGACUGGCUCUGGCCAGUGGCCCCGUCCUGAGAGGUCCUCAGCAUCUGACUCUUGGCCAGGUGCCAGCAAGGAGGGGCCUGUCCCCGGGGCUGCCAGGCAGGCACGUGCACAUCGCCACACGCCAACUUCGCCUGGGUUUCACAAAGUCGUUGCCUUAAUGCAUGUGGACAGGAAUUCCCUGAGGUCACCCCAUGUCCCCUGGCUCUGCCAGGUAUGGACACCCUGGACCCUGCCUCCAGGUGGGGCGGGCGAGGGGCCCAAGGGACGGGCUCCAGAGACACGCACAGGGCAGGAGGGGUCUCACAGAGGGGUCUCUCACUGAGGCGCCCAGAGCUGGCGGUCCCGCUGGAUGCCAUCCCUCUACCUGGGAUCCACACGGCCCAGGCGAGCCCACCAUGCCCGCGCCCCACACCAUUGCAGUCUGCCAUCCUCUGGCCAUGACGGUGGCCCACGCGCGCCCGUCAUGUCCGCGCCCCACACCAUUGCAGUCUGCCAUCCUCUGGCCGUGACGGUGGCUGCAGCUUCCCCAUUUGCGCCGUUGCCUCUGGCUGUCUGCACUUUUGUUCAUGCUCCAAAGAAUAUUUCAUAAUGCCUUCAGUACCGACGUACACUUCUGACCAUUUUGUAUGUGUCCUUGUGCCGUAGUGACCAGGCCUUUUUUUUGGUGGAUGUGUUACCCCGCACACUUCAAUCUCAACUUUGUGCACCGUCCGUUUUCUAGGGAUAGACGCCCAGGGAAUGAACUCUAGUUUUCUAACAGAAUAGCCGAGAUAUUAACUUACUCACACGGACAGGUUGAUGCCAGAGCCACAAGAUGUGCUAGUGCGGGUUUGCGGGGGACUUCAGGUGUGGGGUCCUGUGGCCGGGAUGGCCGUGGAAGGUUCUGGGGAUCCCUGCUGCCACGGGGACGAGUUCGGACGCCAGGUGGACCUGUGCACUCAGUAAAACGCAGUGAUUCAACCUGGA